UCUUGCCGGCGCUCGGGCGCGUUCGGCAGUCGCUGUUUGGGGCACAGGGUGUGCGGUUGCUUGUGUUUUGCUCUCGUUCCGCUGUCACAGCCUGUCCUUUCCCGGAGCCCGGGACAGGGUGGGCGCGCGCCCGCGUGUGUGAGCGGGACUUAGGCAUUCCUCCUCUGCUUUUUUUUCUUUUAUACAAAGAAGGGGGCAGUUCUCACGCUUGCCUUCCUUCCGCCCCGUUGGGAGCGGGAUUGGUGUGGGGAGUGGCUCGUCUUUUUUUCUUUAAACUUGUGAGCGUUUUUUUCCCCCUAUUUUUAAGGCUCAGUGCCACCUGGGCUGGUUUCCCCGGUCCCUGACUAACCGCUUUCUGCACCUUCUCUCGCCAUCCCCGCCCAAGGUCGCCCCUCCGCCCUUGCCCCUGGUUCGGGAGGGUGGGAGGCUUUGUCCCGCUCUCUGCCCACCCGCGUCUCCGCAGCCGUAGCCGCACCUGCCUCAAUAUGAAUGGGGUCAACGACCCACCUCUUUUUAUAAAAGAUAUUAAGCCCGGACUGAAAAACUUAAAUGUCGUCUUUAUUGUGCUGGAGAUAGGACGCGUGACCAAAACCAAGGACGGCCAUGAAGUGAGAUCGUGCAAAGUGGCAGAUAAAACGGGCAGCAUCACCAUUUCCGUGUGGGAUGAGAUCGGUGGUCUUAUACAGCCAGGGGAUAUUAUUCGGUUGACCAGAGGGUAUGCAUCCAUGUGGAAAGGGUGUCUGACACUUUAUACUGGAAGGGGUGGUGAACUUCAGAAAAUUGGGGAAUUUUGUAUGGUUUAUUCAGAAGUGCCAAAUUUCAGUGAACCCAAUCCAGAUUAUCGCGGACAGCAGAACAAAGGGGCUCACAGUGAACAGAAGAAUAAUUCCAUGAAUAGUAAUAUGGGUACAGGUACAUUUGGACCAGUGGGAAAUGGUGUUCAAACAGGCCCUGAGUCAAGAGGAUACCAAUUUUCAUAUGCUGGUAGAAGCAGUGGCCGAGGACCUAUAAACACACAGUUACCAGGAACAACUAAUAAUCAAACAGUUAUGAACACAAUGAGUAAUGGCAGGGACCCUCGAAGAGCCUUUAAAAGAUGACCUAUGCCAAAUUUGCACAUGUAGUUUUUUAAACUACGUGCCCUACUUGAACACUUAUUGCACUUUUAUUUAUUGUUAACUGUGAAAAGUAUGUCUCUUUUGUUUCCUUUUACAUAUUUGGUUUGUUAAGAAAAGUUUGUUAAGCUGCUCAAGUCUCCUAUGGAAAAUGGGAACACUCUGAAAAGUAGGGGCAUUCAUUUUUAGAGCAAAAAGAUCGUUGGAUAUCUUCUAAAAAACUUGCACCCAUUUCAUGGGUGAGUUACUUAAGACAUCAGCUUUAUAGCCUCUGUGAGUCUAUCUUCUGUAUACAUUUUGUAAUAUUUAAAAUAAGACUUAGUGGGAGAUGUUCUUUUGUCUUAAAUUUAGAACUUGUCAAGUAAAGCAAUAACCACCAAAAAAAAAACAGGCAAAAAAAUUGGCAAUGCUAACAGCAAUUUUUGAGUGUUUGUGACUCCAGGAAUGAUUGACUUCUUCAUUGAUUGACUGCCAUUAAGAGUUUCCAAAAAAUAAAUCAUCCUGUACUCUUGCUUUUUUACCAAAAGACAGAUUGUUUAUCUGAAUUAUGGAGUAGAAUGUGAUCUGUAUUGUAACAAGUAAUUUUUAGAAGAAAGAUAACAUUUAUUUUGGGGUAGUGCGCUUAACAUUUGUUACCAACUUUGUGGAUUACGUCGAAGGAAAAUUUAAAACUGAUGUCUUGAAUAUUUAUUUUUCAGACUACCAUGUUAAAUAUUAGGUAUAAUUUGAGGGAGUUAUAAAGUCAUGAUAAGCAUCAAUCUAAUUAUUUGUACAAAAUAAUUAUGGUAGGUAAACAGUAUAGUGAAGAUGAUUCAAAUUGAAUUCAUGAGGAAAUACGCAGUCCUGAAGUUAUAUGGUCCUAGGCACUUAGAACUGUGUUCAACCUGGAGUAAAAAUCCUAGGUACUUUUUGUGUGUGCAGAUUAUGUGUUUGCUGUCAAUGUUUCUGAACACAACUCACAUAGCCUUAUUAGUAGAAGUUAAGAAAUGGCUCUCUCAAAGAAGUGAGUACAGCUUUAUGCAGAAAUGUAAAGGUGGAAUUUGUGUCUUGUAAAUGGUACCCAGUUUCACCUUUUCUGUAGGGUGGAUUACUGGUAAAAUUUUCGUUUGUUAGAAUUUACCUCUUCUUAAAUAUUAUCUUUUAAAUAAAACUUGCAUUAAUGUUAACAAACCUACCUAAUUUUUGCUUUCAAUGACUCAUAAUGGAGAGCCCAGUACAUUUUACUACUAGUUGUAACAAUGACUCAACUUGGCAGUUCCUUAGCUCUGCAUUUGUUGCCUUAUUGUUUUUCCCCUACCUCAAAUCACAAGAUAAUUUAAGUAGAUCUUGUUUUCUGAAAACUGCAUAGUGUUUGAAUAUAAAAAUUUGUGCCAGAUUGUUUGCUCUAAUUCAGUCCAUUUAACAAAUAAUUGAGUACGUGCUACUUAUUAGAUAGGAACUGUGUAGGGAGUGUUAAGGAAGAGAGCUUAUUGAUGGUCUGCAGUACUUUAUUAACUGGGGCUUAUACCUUUUAGAAGGAAGUUUUUUCUUUAUUCAUAUAUCUAUAUUCAUAUAUCUAUAAUUGCAGUUAAUUUGGCUUUGUUUGCUUUGUGACUCAUUUUCUUAGGACAUUCACAUUUCAGAAAACCUCAAAAGAAGUUACCUAAGGAUUGGGAGACAGUAUAUUUGAGUAUAUUUAUUACCAAAUUUUAAAUAUAGUAUGUAUGUUCUAUGAGUAUGUAAUUUCCUGCUUUGAUUUUGUUUUUUGUUAAUCUAAGUGGGGGUAGGAGCAAGAACACUUAAGUUGUUUGUGGGAAAAAGAGCCUUGAAAGUGACAUUAAAAGAAAGAAUUUUGGAGUUUUGGAAAAUCAAAAAUACCGUCAGGUGUGGGUUGCUGGGUUUCUAAUCGUGGCUUUCUCUCCUCACCUGUGAUGCUGGACAAGUUAUACUCAACAUUUCUGUAAGUUUUAGAUUCCUCAACUGUAAAACAAGUAAUUGGCCCCCUUUGUAGGGUUGUUAAGAUUUUACAUUUUAGAAUGUCUGGCACCUAAUAAGCACACGAAUGUUUGUUGUUUUUGUUAUACCUAUAAUAUCAGAAUAGAAAAAAAUUUAGGAUUAGGUGUAGAAGUAUUGUCAUGCUUAAAAUUAACAUGUUGAGAUUAAGUACAGAAAGACCUAAGCUUUUACUUUUAUAAUUAAGAGACAUUUGCUUCAGUAAUUUAACUUUGUUGUUUUGUGUGUUUUAUCAUUUAUUAACAGAUUUCUUUUUUCUUAAGGGAACCCUCAAAAACCAAAGCAAAGCGAAUUACAAUCCAUAAUGAAUAUUUGCUUUACCAGUCUACUUGGACAAGCACUCUCAUCAAGAAGUUAAGAGGUGGAGUUUUCUGCCUUCCUCCUACCCAGUGCUUUCGGCUGUCAGCUUUGAAAUAAGUUCAAACAACACCUACUGAAAAAACAAACCAUUUACUCUAGAAACACACUACAAGAAUUGGUCCCCAAAUCAUUUCUGUAAAACAGUGACUCUAAGUAGGAUCAGACCAGCUUGCCCCUCAUGCCUGGGAAGGUUUGGGAGGUGGGGGUGGGGAUUGUUACACUACAGACACUGAAAGAUGAAAUCUAUAGGGCCAGAUAGUAAGUACAGUGAAGGGUGCAGUAUGCUUUCUCAUAGGCAUUUAAACAUUCAGGUUUUACUCAGUCUUUUCCUAUAGUAUGUCACAUCUUUUGCUUUGUCCCUGUAGUCCUGGUAAUUUUGUUUUAAAUUUGAGGACAGUUCAACUUGAGUGUACCCUGAAGAUUUGUCACCUUUAUUUUUAUCAUUUAACAUUUUAUAUUUAAUUUGCUGGGUUGGGUAAUAAUGCUGUGGUAUCAGGCUAAAAACAAAGGCUAGUAAAAAUUUAAAGCUUUAAGAAAUGAGAACUUUUAAAGUAUGGGGAGGUGGUUAAGUGGCCCUAAGAAGUUUUCUCAAAUGAUAUAAAUUAGGGAGUGUUUUAUAGACAAAAUGGCAGCUGUUUUCAGUUUAUAUAGAUUUAAAUUCAGCUUAGUUACUUAAAUGACUUCACUUUUCCGGUGUCAUUAACAAAUAGCUUGUUUGCUCCAAGCAAUUUUAGGCUCCAUAUGACUAUCCCUGUUAUUUAGUAUUUGGAAAGAUUCUAGAGACAACAAUCCUGAAUCCACUUGAAAGAAUCAAUAUGGACCACUUUUCCAAACUAAAAUAACGGUUUUCUUUCUUA